GAUCCGGCGACUGACGAGUCGGAAAAACGUCGGCAACCAGCAGAGAGACUGUCCGGAUACGCAUGUCUUCUCCCUGGUGAGGCGGGAGAAGACUUCUCUGGGCGAGAGCGAAGAAAAGUCGGCCGCCACGGGAGACGACUCGCCGCCAGUCGAAAAGGCUCCGGAAAUCGCAGCUGCCUCGUCUGUCUCGAGGCUGCGCAACUUCCGCGAGUCGGGAGGCGCUCGUUUUCUUUCGCUGGACCGCCCGAGCCUGCAAAGACUCCCCCGUUGCGACCGACAGCUCUGCCUGCUCAGCCUGGGGACGCACGGUUUACGUCCACCUCUCCCUUCCGCAGAGACAGAGAGGAAGAGAGGAAGAAUCACGAGACAGAACGAAGAAGAGCUCGCGGGACAGAAGUCCGCAAGGAGAGACGAGAGCGAACGAGAAGGAAAAAGGACAACAAGAAGGAGAAGGAAAUCAAGAAGGAGAAGGAAAACAAGCAGGACAAGGACAACAAGAAGAGAGGAGACAUCUGGAGGAAGCCAUGGAGGGCGAGGUAGCGAGCAAAGUGUCUUCUGGAGACAGGGAAGGAAUCCAGGAGACGGACGAGAAGGAAGAGGAAGGCGGAAGAGUGAAGAAUCGAUGCCAAGAAACAGAGGCGAACGCGGGAGGCCUGCGGCCUCCUGUGGCUGUCCAGGAUGGCAGAGCUUCAACAGGCUCUUCUUGCGUCAAAGCUGCAGCUUCCAGCGACGCAGAACAAAACUCUCAGAGCAGUCACCUGUCUUCUGAGGACAUCCUCGGUUCUGCCAGCGCCUCUUCCUUCUCUUCUCUCUCGUUUCAUGCCUUCGCUCACGCUGCCUCUUCCUCGACUUCUCUCAGGCCACAGUCUACCUCUUCUGAUGCUUCUUUUCCUCUGCCCUCUUCCUCUUCGACGCGUUCUUCUGCGCCCUCUGAAUCCUCUGCCUCUUCCUGCUCAGGGUCUUCCUCCGCUUCUUCUCCUUCUUCUCUUUCCACUUCUUCAACGUCCUCUUCCUCGUCCUCUUCGUCGGCCUCUUCCUCUUCUUCUUCUGCUUCCCCUUCGUCCUUCUCCAGUGCGGCUUCCCCGGCUUCCUCCUCUGCGGUUCGUUCUUCGUCUUCUGGGGGCGCGGAAUCCGAGAGAGACACAGGCCGGCAGGCUGGGCGGCUGCAUGCAAUGAGCUCGCUCGUAGCGGAAGCCGUCUGCAGUCAGCAAGUUGUGUUGGGUCUGAAGAGCAUUUGCAAGGAGUUGGUGGAAAACGCGAUCGACGCUGGCGCGACGACGGUGGAAGUCCGAUUCGUGGACGGAGGCAUGGCAAGCGUCGAGGUCCGCGACAACGGCUCCGGAAUCGCCCCCCAAGACUUCCCGAUGCUCGGUCGGCGCCAUGCGACUUCGAAGAUCAACAAAUUCACCGAUUUGUACAGCGCCCUUGACACCAUGGGAUUCAGAGGCGAGGCCCUGGCCUCUCUCUGUGCGCUGAGCGACGUGGAAAUCCUCACUCGCACGGCCUCGGAGCCUUUCGCCACGAGGCUCCGCUUCGACCAUCACGGAAAAAUCAUUCACCAAGAGCCGGCGGCCAGAGAGGUGGGUACCUCGGUGACCGUUUCGAAUCUUUUCGCCUCCUUACCGCUGAGGCGACGCGCCCUGCGCCAGCAGCGUCAGAAGCAUCUCCAAGAGUCCCUCGCGUUCCUCCAAAAAUUUGCUCUGCUGCAUGCCGACGACUGUCGGAUCCUCGUCACCGACUUUACUCCGGCGAACUCAAGUCGCUCUGCUGAAGCUUCUUCAGGCUCUCAAAGACGGAACGGUGGGAGCUCUGUGACGCUCUUGAACACUCGAGGCACUGCGACGCGCCUCUUGGACGCCGCGGUGACCGUGUACGGUGAACGGCAGAUGCAGCAGUGCACUCAAGUGUCUCUCGCAGGCGCUGAACCUGGCCGCGAGUGGAGCGUUGAAGCCCUUCUCUCUCGUCCUCCCCUCGGUGUACGGACCUCGGCUCUCCAGCUCUUUUUUGUGAAUAAAAGAGUUGUGGAGUUUCCUCCUCUCCUACAGAAAUUGAUUAAUAAAAAAUAUCGAGAAGUGUGUAGUCGGCACUGCUUCCCGAUUGUCAUCGCCUUCGCCACUGUCGCGCCUCACCUUCUGGAAGUAAAUUUGAGAAAAGACAAGCAAGAGGUGCUACUCGCAGUAGAAAAGGAGAUCACGGAGGCGCUUUUGAAAACCAUCACCGACUUCGUCGCGCCGACUGUCGCGUCCUUCCAGACCGUUCGCGGAUUCUCCCAGCUGCCGCGAGGUGUCUCGUUCUCUUCCAGUGCAGAGGCUUCAUCGCGCGGUUCCUGCUCUUCCUCCACCCUCACUCAGCGUUCCCCUCCCUCCGAUUUCUCUUCACCUUCGCAGCCCCCGCGUCUUCCAUCUGAAUCCUGUUCUUCUUCUCUGCCUCUAGAAGAAUCCUGUUCUCCUUCUCUGCCUUCAGAAGAAUCCUGUUCUUCUUCCCCACACACUGCGUUUCGAUCUCCAGCCGCGGCGGCAAAACGCGAGACAGACCGCCAGGAAGAAGAUGGAACUUCAAGAGGGGAGAGCACUCGCCAGAGGGCAGGUGUCGACGAAGCGAGGCUACGCCUGGCACAGCUGGGCGAACAGUCGGGAGAGACGAGAGAUUUGAAGCUCAGCGGAGACCUGAAAGAGGGUGACCGGUCGACAAGAGAGCCGACGAGCGUUCCAGAGAAGGAGAACGUCGCUGACGAGACGUUUAUCUCUUGCUUCUCGUCUGUUUCGUCUCCUCCAUUUCUCUCCGCUUCCAGUUUCCCUGCGCUCGAUUCUACUUCAUCUUGUCCUCCGUCUGCGGUCCCCUCCAACCUUUCGGCUCUCGAGGGGGAGACGCGAGAUGUUCAUGAUGAUCACGACGAGGAAGGCGAUCGAACGCGAAGACGCCGCGCGACGUCUCCCCAAACCCAGUGUUCCAGUGACGAGGAAAACCUACCUCUUUCUGUGAGGCUGGAGAAAAAACCAACAGAUCAACGCCGUUCCUCUUUCCAUUCUUCUUCUUCCACUGCUUGUUUUUCGUCCUCGAGUUCCCUUGUCUCUCAGGAGUCUUCGUCGUUUUCCGCCUCGAAGAAGGGGAGAACCUUGCAUCCAAGCAAGCCUAAAGACGCAGAAGUCACUGUGGCGUCUUCCGAAUCUUCCUCACCUUGCUCUCUGUUCCCCGCGUCUCGCUGGGGCUCUCCAGACGGAGGCGCGGAACGAGAGAGAGAAGAGCAAGAGAAAGCAGACCAGGCGAAAGGGAAACGGAGUGAGGAAGCGGAUGCGUUCGGGAGUUUCGAGAGGCGAAGGAAAGCAAGAAAGGGAGUGCCGAGCAGGGCGCAACUCAAACGGAGAGAAGACGAGUUCGUCAGCGAGAGCAAACUGUUGAAAGAAACGGUCGCGAGUGCUGUCGCCGAAUGCCACUGCACAGAAGAAGACCUUGAAGCUCUUUACGGAGCCUCCGACGCGGAAACCGGUGACGAAACGAAACAUGAAGCUGUGUCUUCUUCUUCUUCAUCUCCGGCUUCCUCUUCCUCCUCUUCUUUCUCUUCGUCGUCUGCGUCUUCGUCUGCGUCUCCGUGUGCAUCUUCGUUUCGUUUUUCGGACUGUCCAGCUGCUUUCUCGUUUGCGUCUUCGUCCGACACCCAGGUGAUUGGAGCGUUUGAUCCAGGUACGAGCAGCAUGUUUUUGGACAAAAGAGCCUUUAGGGAAAUGAAGAUCGUUGGCCAGUUCAAUCAAGGCUUCAUCAUCGGCUGUCUCCUCUCGCGGGUACCCUCUGGGGCCUGCCCCCCGGAUGCGUCUGGCGGCUCUCACGAGUUCCGUCAAGUUCCUCAAACACCCGAUCACGUCUCGCCGUCCUUUUCUGCUUCCUCGUCCUCUUCGUCGUCGUCGGCCUCUGCUUCUUCCUUCUCGUCUUCGCUUCAGUCUGCUUUGCCUGCGUCCAAGCGCGAGGUGCGUUCCUUGUUUAUCGUUGAUCAGCAUGCGAGCGACGAGAAGAAGAGAUUCGAGGACUUGAAUGAGGGAUUCAAACCUGCGACGCAGCCGCUUCUGAUUCCACUUCGGCUGCACUUGCCUGUCGACAUGGCGCGCGCGGUCUCUGACUUUGACAGAGAGAUUCGGGAGAAUGGUUUUCGAGUGACAAUUGCGCGCGAGCGGCGCCGCUUGCCUGCGCGCGAAGAACGCGACGCGACCUGCGCUGGCGAAGCCUCCGAGGACGCCGCUGACGCCUCUGUCGAAGACGAACUUGUGAUCUCUCUCUCGGCCUUGCCUGUUGUCGAGGGUCGGCAACUGAAGGAGGAAGACUUCAUCGAAUUCCUGGCCGCCCUCCUGCACGACGAAGAAGGCCAUGCGACGGCCGCAAGGUGGAGACGAAGAAGAAGGAGGCGACGCAAGCGGACAACGGAGCUGACGCAGAAGCGAGGCGAACCUCCUGAGACGCCGGAGAAACCUUCUGAGGAGGCCGGCGCGAGAGGCGGAGAUGCCGCGCGAGGCCCACAGGCUGCCGCCGAUGAGGUCGACGUUCAGCAGGGAAGUGGAAGCGAGAAAAGAGCAGAUGAAGACGACAGCGAUGAAGGAGAAGAAGAAAGUGAAGAAGACGAUGCACACGCGUUUCACCAUCGCGUUCUGCUGUGUCGACCGAAGAAGGUUUGGGAAAUUCUCGCGAGUCGCGCAUGCAGAUCGGCCAUCAUGAUCGGGGACUCCCUCACUGUGAAUCAGAUGCAAACAGUUCUGAAGAACCUCGCGACUCUGCACCUCCCCUUCAACUGUCCCCACGGCCGCCCGACGGUGCGGCAUCUUUUCGACUUGCACCUCCCAGCUGUCUAUCCACCUGAGCGAGAAGCGCGUCCAGUCCCCUGGGAGAGGCAGACAGAAGAAAACGAGGCAGAGAAAGAAGGAAGUGGAGAGGCAGAGGAAGAGGGAAGUGGAGAGGCAGCGAAGGGAGAAGAAGAAUUUGAUAAAGUGGAAGAGAGAACCUGGAGAGAGAGGAUGAACGACGAGAUGGAGGCGACAGGGAACUGGGGAGGACGCAGAGGGGAGCAACGGAGACUGAAAGGGGAAGAUGCGUCUUCCCCAGACAAGAAGAAAGGCGGAGUUGAGAGACGAGAGGAGAAACAAGCAACGAGGAGACGAGAAGAAGAAGGUGACGUUGUUGGAGGAAGGUUCAGAUUGCGGCGGAAACGAUGUCGAGAAGAGAAGAAGCGAGGGGAGAAGAGGAGGAAGAAGAAGAAGGUCGAGCAAUCCACGCGAAUCGGAAAAGACCUGUCUGCAGAGCAGCACAGAGAACUCACGAAAGCUCAGGCGCACCGACAAGAAGAGAAGGACCAUCAGGCGAUCUUUGCAGAAGAAAAGGGCUUGUUCGACGAGGAUGAUCCAGACGUCGUGGCAGACGGAGAAGAGAAGAACGAACAGAAUUGCCUUUCUCUCAGAGACUGGAAGGAAGACGAUCGGGGGUUCGACGCUACGUCAAGAGUCCCCCAGAUGAAACUCUACGAGCUCUCCUUCGACGGACACAAAUAAAGAAACAGUUCCUGCGAAUCCCCAAAGAACCACUGAGAGAACGACUGCAGAUUCAGUCGUUCCAAGCAAUCGAAGGUGGAAUCUGCAGAGAACCGUCGAGGAGAGAAACCGUUUGGGCCUGUCAUCCAGCGCCCUCCCCUUCUCUCCACGUUGUGCCGACUGAUGCCUGGAUCCCGUCAAAAACGUACCUACAAACGCUUCACGCACUCUCC